UCGUGAAUUAUAUUUCUACACUACCCCUUGGAUUUUAAAAUUUCUUCCGCGUUGCUGAGCAAUAGCCCUUCAAAGUUUGGACCAAAGUGGUCCCAAAUACACCUGUUUGUUACCUACUGUAGAUGCCAUAGCGCAUCUAGGUGCGCGGGCACACUUUAGUUUUGAAACAGUACUACCAACAUGUCGGAGAACUCGUCGCUGCUCCGCCACACCCAAGAAGCCCCCGUGGCCAACUCGCGACCUUGGUGGUUGAAGUACGCCCUUGCUGGCGGCGCAGUGGUAGUGAUUGGCGGCGUUGUGUGGAUUACCACCGCCCAAGGCGAGCCAGUGGUUGCGACCGGCACGCAAAGCCAUUUGGGUCCGACGGUCCAUGUCACGACGACGGGCGUCCCCGUGACCACCAUCACCACCACAUCUGCCCCAGAAACCACAAAGGUGGCGAUUACGACCACGUCGGCGCCCGUGACCACCACGGCUACACCUGUGACCACAACCACGGCCGUCCUACCUACGACUAAUGCACCCGUGACCGCCUCGGCUACACCAGUGACCACAACCACGGCCGUCCCACCUACGACUAAUGCAACCAUUGUCCGCAAUGCUACUAACGCAACUGUAGUUAGCACAUCGACCACCAACAACACGAUUGUGGCCCCGUACCCAGCCCAGUUUGCUGCGUUCUUCAAGGACUUCGAAGCCAAGUUGGACCGAUCGGUGGACCCGUGCGAUGACUUUUACCAGUACGCGUGCGGCGGGUGGCUGAACGCCACGACGUUGAAGCCGUCCGACACGACCGUGGACUCGUCUUUCUACGUGAUCGGCGAACACAACGACCGUAUCCUCAAGAACAUCCUGGCCACCAAGCCGCCGGUCAUCGAUCCGUUCUACCGGUCCUGUCUGACCGAAGGCAGCGUGAACGCAGACGCAGUCGUGGACGUGAGUGUCCGUCUGAAUCACAUCGCGACCAUCCAGUCGCUGGACGAACUGCUAGCGUUUGCUGGUAUCCUCAACACUGAGUCGUCUGUGUCGUCCUUCUUGGAGGUGGGCGUGACCACAGACCCGAAGAAUAAGACUCUGAACGUCGUGGAAAUCGCCCAAGGCGGACUCACGCUGCCGUCCGUCGAGUACUAUGCAGCCGAUAAGCUGGUUCCGUACGUGGCAUCCCUUCAAACGUACUUGGAGACUUUGGCUACCGUCGACGCGUUCACCGGUGUGACGGCCAAGGCGGUGUUGGACUUGGAAGCGCAGCUGGCCAAGAUCUCGUUGCCCUGGGCCGAGCAACGGGACCCAUGGGCAACGUACCACAUGUAUGACAUAGGCGACGUAACGGCUAAGUACCCGCUGAUCGCAACCUUCCUCAGCGGCGCGCAGCCUGCCCUGGUCAACCAUCCAAAUGUUUCGGUGCUCGUGCCAACCCCCACGUACUUUGACUCGUUGGCAGCGCUGCUGCAAGCAACCGACCUCGGACUGCUUAAGGUGUACCUGAGCUUCCGAUUGGUCCACACUGCCAGCCCGUACCUGGGCGAAACGUUCCGCCAGGCGAAUCACGACUUUAACGGCGUGCUGCAAGGCCAGGUGUCAACCCAAACCCGCGCCGACUACUGCUUGGACUUAACAAAGACGCUGCUGGGGGAAUACUUGGGCAAGUUGUUCAUGAACAAGGUGUUCGACGGGCCUACCAAAGUGCAGGCGCAGGAGCUGAUCCGUCAGAUCGAAGCCUCGAUGGUGGACGUAUUGAACGACGCGACAUGGUUGGACGGGUCCACGCGCCAAGUGGGUCUGGAGAAAGUGGCCCAAAUCCGCAACUUUGUCGGGGGUCCCGACAAAAUCUCCCCCCUUCCGUUUAACCUCACGAGCAACUUCUACGCGAACGUUCAGUUGUUUGGCGACUGGGAGACGAGCAAGACCUGGUCGUCGCUCCAUAAACCCGUGGACCCGACCGCGUGGGACAUGUUUGCGUUCACGGUGAACGCGGAGUACGACCCCACGGCCAACAAAAUCGUGUUCCCCGCGGCGAUCCUGCAGCCCCCGUUCUACAACGUGCGGUCGUUCCCCGCUGUUGCCAACUACGCGCGCAUUGGGCUGGUCAUGGGGCACGAACUGGUGCAUGGUUUUGAUGACCAAGGGCGUAACUUCGACGCCCACGGCCAGCUCAACGCGUCGUGGUCGGACGCUGCCUCAGCGACCUUUGACAAAAACGCCAAGUGUUUGGCCGACCAGUACUCGACCUUCCCCAUCGUGUCAGUGGAUGGCCACACCGUUCUCGGUCACUUGAACGGCCAGCUCACGGUGGGCGAAAACAUCGCCGACAACGGCGGCCUCAAGCUGGCCUAUUUGGCCUACCAGCGCGCCAAGAAGGCCAACAAGGCGAUCGCAGAAGACCUCGGCACCGACGACGCCAAGCUCUUCUAUACCGCGUUCGCCCAAGGGUGGUGCCAGAAACGAUCGGAUGGGAACGCGAUUCUGCGCAAAAACACCGACACCCACUCCCCCGGCAAGUGGCGCGUGCAUGGCCCCCUGUACAACUCGCAAACGUUUGCGGAUGCGUUCCAGUGCCCCACUGGAUCCCCCAUGAACCCCCCCAAGAAGUGUGUGAUUUGGUAAUCGUAGGUACAGUUCUAGUGUGAUGAAGCAAGCCACGCGCUCUACCUUACCACUAUAGUACACUUGUAGUAGUUGAUAUACGUACUUGUACACAACAUACACAUCCAUAAACCUACCAAUCGUGUUGACUGAAAAAAACUGAAUUCC